CGACAAUGUUUCGCUCUAUCCACUGCGUGGUUAAUAGUGCAAGAAAUGGAUCACGACACUACACGGGGUCCGGGUCACUAGAGACAAAUUACCAACGGGUGGCAGAUUACUACGCGGGUAAAUCAGUAUUCGUCACUGGAGCUACAGGGUUUGUAGGAAAGGUAUUUAUUGAAAGGUUACUUUCCAAUUGCAAGGAUAUUGAAAAUGUGUUUGUGCUGAUUAGACCUAAGCACGGUGCAGACACAGUAAAACGUUUACAACAAAUAUUUGAUGUUCCGCUUUUUAACAAAUUAAAACAAACAAGGCCUGGUGAUCUGAAGAAAGUAAUUCCCAUUGAAGGAGACAUUACAACAUCCCAGCUGGGCUUAACGCCAGACGACAAAGAGACUUUAGCUGAUAAGGUGUCAUUAGUAUUUCACUCGGCAGCUACCAUCAGAUUCACUGACAAAUUUCAAGAUAUGAUGAACAUUAACGUAGAGGGAACACAACGAGUGAUAGAUUUGUCUAAGGAAAUAAGAAAUUUAGAAAAAUUUGUCUAUAUUUCGACUGCCUUUUCAAAUUCACAUAUAAAAGUAGUUGAAGAGAAGCUAUACACUCCUAAGAAAGAAUUAUCCGCAGUCCGACAAAUGAUACGAGACCAUGGAACAGAUGAUACGAAAGUUAAUGAAUAUGUCGCGGAUGUUACUAAUACAUAUACACUAUCUAAGGGGUUAUGCGAAGAACUGGUGAGGCAAAAUAAAGAGUACUUACCUACUAUUAUAGUACGACCAUCAAUGGUUACUCCAAUGUACCACGAGCCACUUCCUGGUUGGGUGGACAGUUGGGUGGCAGCUACAGCCGUCUUCAGUAAUUUAUCAAGGGGUCUGAAUCCGUACAUUUAUAGCACUGAGGACGUCGUUUGCGAUCUUAUUCCCGUUGAUUACGUUGCAAAUUUAAUCAUCAUAGCCGGGGCUAAAGGAGCUAUAACGGACGACAUCUCCGUGUAUAAUAUAUGCUCCAGUUCGGAAAAUCCUAUUACUUGGAAAGGCGGUUCUGAUUUAUAUUUAGAACAAAGCAAACGAUUAGGCUACUCUAAUAAGAACAUGCGAGAAAUGAAGGUAUCAAAAUCAAAAUUCGUAGUGAAUACGAUGACAUUUAUUCUGCAAACGGUACCUUGCUUCUUUGCUGAUGUCGGACUGGUCUUAAGAGGAAAAAAACCUAGACACUUCAAAGAAGCUUUUCGUUCAUCUCUACUACGAGAUAUUAUUAGACCGGCAACGUCUACGUCCUUGCUUGUUAAAUCGAAAAAGACCCAGGCCUUAAUCUCCACUCUGGAUGACCACGACAAGAAGUCAUUCCCAUGUGACGUCAACAACAUCGAUUGGAAAGAGUACAGUGCCAUAUUCUGCAGGGGCGUUCGGGAGUUUUUACUGAAAGGAAAAUAAGAUUUAAUUUUAUUUAAAUUAGUAAUUUAAAUUUUUAAACAUGGUCUUUGAGUAUUGAAAAUAAUUUAACCCUUAUGUAGAGAAUUUCUAGGUAAUUUAAUUUCAUUAAAAAUAUAGGUAUGUUACCUAUAUUUUUAUUCAAAUUCAAACAGUAUUUAAAAUUCACUUAAAACGCCUACUUACUUACCUUACAUGGAGUUAAUUGAAGGCUUUAUAUAAGAAUAAUAUAAAAUCAAGACAGGAUUUUCUUUUAACAUCCAUUUACAUAUACAGUCCUAAAUCAUCAUUUCAUAUGAUUAUAUAUUUAAUCUGCAGGGAUAUAAUAAACAAAUUGUCAUAAAUUUAUUUAAAAAAAAACAAAAUAAAACAUCAAGAAUGCUAACUUAAUUUGCACAUUUUAAAAGCGUCAUUCGUUUUUGUUUGUAAAAUAUAUUAGCAUACUUUGCGAGACAAUUAAGCGAGAGCAGUUUUUAUUAAAUUAUACAAUUAUUGUCAAAAUUAUAGAAAAUAAAGAGUUUGAUGAUUUAUACAAAUGUGGAGGACAAUUGUAAAGAAAGCUAGGGCCCAUAUAUUGAGGCAUUAUGAAUGCUUUAAAGGGAAAUCAGUAUUCAUAAUAAAUUUACUACGCAGGUGUAGUAACAGGUAGUAUUUUUAUACAACAGCUUCACGAAAAGAGGGUACUGAAUGCUUAAAGGCCGGUAACGCACUUGCGAUCCGUCGGGUAGAAUUUAUUUUUAUAUAGAGCAGGGGGCAAUUGGGCA